CUGUCGCCAACCACAGAAUGGUCGACGUCAUAGAUCCCGGUGUAGUGAAGACAGGCGCUUACAAGUAUGAAGAUGGGACCCGGUACAUGGGAGAGUGGAACUCCAAGGGUCAAAAACAUGGCAUGGGCCACUUAGUGCUACCAGAUGGUACGCGGUACGACGGCGCGCUCAGCGGUGGGCUCUGCUCUGGGCUGGGAGUAAUGGCCUUUCCUGAUGGUGCCAAGUACGAAGGCGAAUUCAUGCAAGGCUGGUUCCACGGACAUGGCGUGUUCUGGCGAGCCGACGGCAUGAAGUACGAGGGAGAGUUCAGAGGUGGACGCGUUUGGGGUCUGGGAUUAGUGACGUUCAGCGAUGGCAGCAAUGGCUUCCCUCGCAACGAGGGAUUCUUCCAAGAUUGUAGACUGGUGCGCCGCAAGCGCUGCCCCGAGGUCGUUCAGCGCGCGCAGAAGGUCGCGUACAUGGCCCGAGCACAGUGCCAACCGAUGUAAUCCUUUGUUGCCUUGGGGUUGUCCUUAUCCAUGAAGCUGAUACUGAUUUAACAAUUAGUUUCAGAUCAGAUCUUGUUUUGAUACGACAUUGACUAUAACCAGGGCCCGUACAUUUCAUGCCGUUGACAGGUAAUUUAUUAAAUAAUACAUAUUUUUGAUUUUUAACAGCGUAAGAAGCUUUUAUUCGUGUGAAGUAUUUUUUUGAUACCCGUCUAUAAGUAGAUUAUCUAAAUUUGUAGUGUUGUAAUAAAACUUCCCCUAUGUUAAAUUACGUUAUUUUUGCGUCAACGGCAUGAAAAGAUUAGUGUCGGAUCGGUUUUAACUGUUAAAAUUUUACCCGCUUGUUAGCAUAGACACAUAAUUUUAGAUAGCGCUACAGAAAUAAGUCAGAAGGUGCAAAAUUUGGGGAAUUUGAGUGCCAAUCACUUUUUCUCGAAAUUAAUUGAGCACUGAUUUAAACUUUCACGAUUUUUACACAAACAUUAUUAACUAACACAAACGGGAAAUCCAGUCAUUAGUUUAUGUAAGCGAGAACGAAUAUCGACAGUCGAAAAAUCGAAUAUCAUUAGUGUUGUGUGUCGACAAAGUAACAUCCCUAGUGCGCAGAAUGUUCAAGUCAAUAAACAAGAUCAAGUGCGGGUAGUUCGAAAAACUCACGCAGCUAGAAGAUGUUGAUGUCAACUUUAGCCAGUCUUCUCCGAGACCACAAGACAACGCCGUCCUCGAAAAGUCGGAGGUAAAUUUAAAACUUAAUACGCGAUUAAGUCCCGUUUGUGUUAGUUAAUAAUUAAUUAAGCAAUCAACGUGUUUCAAACAACACAAACAUUUGAAAAAAAAAAUGCUUGCUGCUAGAGAUAGAUAUUUGGCAGUAAUUAUCUUCCGUAUACAAUUGCCAACCCUGAAUAAUAUAUUUAUGAAAAAAUAUUUAAUAAAUUCUGCACUUAAUAUAGUUAAAAUUUAAAAACAAAGUAUAUCACUCUUAUUUGCCCAACCUGUAUAUAUGACACUAACGCUGUCGGUUAAACAGCUUCGUAAAUAUAAGGGUCAACGUAUAACUUUCAGAGUUGACUUCAUAGCGGCGUUUCGGCGUUCGGUUACUUUGUUACUGUGGGCGUUUUGUCAGGAAGCGAAGGUGUGACCUAUUUGUGUAAGUUGAACAACAGUAACUGUCAUUGAAUUUUUAAAAAAGAUUUUAGAAUUUGACUCUUAUUAAUAAUAUUAUUAUUUUAAAUGCUAAAAAAUUUUUGCAAGACAUUAAAAACGUACCGAAAAAAAAAUGCUUGGUCGUUUUAAUUGUAUUUUAAACAACCAAUAUUAAAAUUGUGGUCCUGUUUGCCGCUCCCAUAUUGGUUGACACAGUCAUGAAAAGCGAUACCUCUGCCGCGCUACCUGUUUGAAUAGUCUGUAACAGACUCAAAAGGUAAUGAUGAUGAUGAUUAAAAUAUUAUCAACUGUACUCAUUUUUGAAGCGGUGGUAGCUGAGUGGAUAUCGACUCGUUCGACUUUCAAUCCGGAGGUCGCGGUUUCAAAUCCUGGCUCGUACCAAUGAGUUUUUCGGAACGUAUGUACGAAAUGUCAUUUGAUAUUUACCACCAGCUUUUCGGUGAAGGAAAACAUCGUGAGGAAACCUGCAUACAUCUGCGAUGAAAUUCAAAGGUGUAUGUGAAGUCCCCAAUCCGCAUUGGGCUAGUCCCCAGACUAUAGCCCGAGCCCUCUCGCGCAUGAGAGGAGGCCUGUGCCCAGCAGUGGGACAUAUAUAAGGCUGAAUUAUUAUAUUAUACCUACUCUUAAAACCCAACUAUCAAAGUCUUUUAUGUUUGUUGUUAUGUUGUAUGUUUCACUUAUCUAGAUUGCAAGUUAAAUUUUUACAAAUGCCUAUCAAACUUUAGAUCGAGUCUGACAAAGCCCAUUUCUCAUCAGAUUGAAGCACUGUUUGGUGUCUCGAGUGUAAAUAAACUAGGUUGAUUAAAUUGAAAUCUAGACGUGGAACGAAUGGUACAAUUUAACUGGCAGUGGAAUAUAGAUGACUUCCCCUACGGUGUUUGUGUUCUUGGAGGAUUUAACAGCUGGAGACGACUUGUCUAUAAUUUUCUGUACAAAACAAUCUGCCGAUUUUUGCGGGAGAGGGGCACGUCAAAUGUACGGCUAGUUGUACGUAUUUAACGUAAAAAUAGCCAUAUCAGAUAAAUCCCAAUCAUUGGCCGAGGUUUUCGACAGAGGGGAAAGUCCUUAAGGCGACUCCAGAUGUUAAAUCCUCCCAAGUUUCUGUGGUAGGUUAAUAUUUACUCUAUUACUAACUUAUUGAGAAUACAUGAGACCCUC